GUCUAUAUGGAUAUUACAAAGGACAAGCGUUCCCUUUCACUUCAGAUUUACACUUUCAGAGUGGCCUUGAACAGAUUUGAGAAAUUGGUUGAACAGAUAGCAGCUCAGAAAAGAGAUGAAAAAGCAGGCCUGUUUGCCCGAAAAGAAGAAGUGAUUGAUUAUGACAAGUUUUAUGCAGCAGUCCAGGAGCUCUUUGAUAUAGAAAUGAAGAGUCAAGAUGUGAAGUGCUUUUACAGGAAGCUCUGCAAGAACCCCGAUGCACCUAUAGACUGGUGCGAGAUCUUUGGAUACUUCUCCACUGAAACAGAUUCUCUUCCUUAUCAGAUGGAUAAAGAAAAUUUGGUUUUUCUGGUGUCAAAAAAACAACGAAUUGCAACUUCAGGUAGUAGAAGACGAGAUGUGAUUAAGUGCAUCGUCAAGAUUCCCCAACUGGAUCUACUAAUAACAGCUUCUCAGAAGGGAUUAAUAAGAGUCUUUAACAGCCAGAUGAAAGUUCAGAUCAGCACCAAUAUCACAGAUACCUCCUGGAUUACCGGAUGUGAUUACCUCUCCCAGCUGAAACGAAUUGUGGCCACUACAGAAAGGACUAUCAUUGUCUGGGAUUAUAAAUCUCAAGGGAGCAGCCAGGAAAACUAUUUCGUCAUCAAGCCCAUGGACCACUGCCUUCUGUGCGUGUGUGUGGUGCCCCUGCCUGACCAGCUCUGCCGAGAAGACAUCCUCCUGGGGGAUGAUGGCGGGUUUGUGAGCAGAUUCACAGUGAAUAGUGAUGACUUUGGUUUAAAGCAGGCAAAAAUAAAAAAAAAAUUGCAAAGUCAGAUCUUAGACUCAAAGAACUUCAAAAGUGUUAAAAGGAAGUUACAUAAUGACUGGGUUAUGAAAGUCAAAUAUAUUCCAUCCCUAAAUUGCUUUGGAUCCUGCUCCUUGGACAGUGUCCAUUCAUUAGUUUUUGAAUCCUUGAAGAGACUUGGUGACAAUUUGCCUGUCAGAGAGUUUGCCAUGCCAAAAGGAGCAAAUACUUUUUGCUACUGUGUAAAAGCAAAUGUGAUUAUCACCGGAGGAGAAGAUAAGGUCCUCCGCCUGUGGCACCCCUACAUCAGCACCAAGCCUGUGGGGAAGUUGGUGGGACACAUGUUCAGCAUCACUGAAAUCGUGACCAAUGAAAAAGACCAGCAUGUCAUCAGCCUGUCCUCUGCAAAGGUUUUCAGGGUAUGGGAUAUACAGACUCUUUCCCUAUUACAAGUCUUCCACGACACCCAGGGAGGACCAGGAGAUAUGCAGAUUUAUUCCAUGGUAUAUGAUACCAAACAUGGCAUGCUUAUUACAGGAUCAAAUUUUAUAGACAUGUAUCCUCUUACAAGGAUGAUACAAGACACAAAACAGGCUCCUCACACUCAUGAACGAGAAAUCAAUGUCAUGCUCUACAACAAGUAUUUUCACCAAGUACUCACUAUCUGCUCUGAAUCAAUAAUUAAGGUAUGGGAAUUUGAGACUGGUGUCCAAAUAUACCAGAUCAUGGACCCUCAUGGCCUCAAUGUUGAACUGACUUCUGGAGCUAUUGAUGAAACUGGAGUUCUUUUUGCCACAGGAGCAUGUACUGGAACAGUCAAAAUCUGGGACUUCAGCAGUGGGCAAGAAAUGAAAGUGCUGCUGGAAGGGAAAGACUGGAAAGAGGAAGAGCACUGGCUGAGGCACCUGAUUUUCCUCCACACUCAGGACAAACACCAAUACUUCAUUCUUGCCUUGGAGGGCAAUGGGACUAUCAAAAUCAUCCAGGGUAAGGAGGAUGACACUUUCCUUGUGGUGAUAUGGGAGCUGCCGGAUGCUGUGCCACAUCUACAAGACGGGAACCACACCGUGCAACUGAAGACUUCUACUAAAGGUGGGAAUGUGGAUAUUCCUUUCCCAGAUGUCGAAUUAAUCAUUCAUAGAAACUCUGCUCAACGUACUAAUAAUCCUGACACCAGUUCUGGGGUGAACUGCAUUGAUUUAUUACAAAUAGAAGGAUAUAAUUUGAUAGUUGCUGGAACCCUAAAUGGUAUGAUCAUCCUGUGGAAUUUUGUAGCAUCUACUGUCAAAGAAGUGUACCAUCCUGAAAGUUGCUCCACUGUGGAGCAACAAGACCUGGAUCCCAAGCGCUUUAGAAUUAAUGACAUACUGUUCCUCUUCCGUACCCCUGAAUGUGCAAGGAGAUUGAGUCAAGAGUCUAUAUGCUCUUCAUCCCAUUGUGAAUCUAGCAAAGGUGCACAGAGUAGUAAGGGAAGCAAGCAAAGCAUACAGGACAGUGAGGGUAAAGGUGAAUACACAGAUAUAAUGGGAGAGCAACAGCCAGCAGGCAAAAAGGGCCCCAACUCUGCCAAUUUAACAGAAGCUCAGCCCCCCAUCGUGGUCUCUGCUCAUGAGGACGGACACCUUCGCUUGUGGACUCUGGAGGGAAGACUACUAAAAGAUAUGUUACCUUUCACCAAACAUUCUGCGAUUUCUCUAACCUCCCUGUAUACCGACUCCUGUGCCAGGGUACUGCUGGCUGGAAAUGUAGCUGAACUGCUUAGCCAUCAUCAAGUGGAAAUAAAACAGCAGUUCCCAAGAGAAGGGUGGGUGGAACAAGACCCUAAGGAAAUUCUGCAGUCUGUCCGUGACUGCAUAGAGAAAACCUGUGAAAAGCUUGGACAGCUCAAUAUUGAUAUUUCCAACAUAAAAGCUAUUGGUGUCACCAACCAGAGGGAAACCACUGUCAUCUGGGACAAGUUAACUGGUGAGCCUCUCUAUAAUGCCGUCUUGUGGCUUGAUCUAAGAACCCAGUCCACUGUGGAAAAGCUGGGUAAACUAAUUCCAGGAAAUAAAAACUUUGUUAAGACCAAGACGGGCCUUCCACUUAGCACUUACUUCAGUGCAGUGAAACUUCGUUGGCUCUUUGACAACGUGAAAAAUGUUCAGAAGGCUGUUGAAGGACAUAGAGCUGUUUUUGGGACCAUCGAUUCGUGGCUUAUUUGGAGUCUGACAGGAGGAAUCAAUGGAGGUGUCCACUGUACUGACGUAACAAAUGCAAGCAGGACGAUGCUUUUCAACAUUCAUUCUUUGAAAUGGGAUGAAGAGCUCUGUGACUUUUUUGGAAUUCCAAUGGAAAUUCUUCCCAGUGUCCGGAGUUGUUCUGAGAUUUAUGGCCUGAUGAAAUCUGGGGUCUUAGAAGGUGUGCCAAUAUCCGGGUGUUUGGGAGAUCAAUCUGCUGCUUUGGUGGGACAAAUGUGCUUCCAGGAUGGACAAGCCAAAAAUACAUAUGGAACAGGAUGCUUCUUACUAUGUAACACAGGCCAUAAGUGUGUGUUUUCUGAACAUGGCCUUCUGACCACAGUGGCUUACAAACUUGGAAGAGACAAACCAGUAUGUUAUGCAUUGGAAGGUUCCAUAGCUAUAACUGGGGCACUUAUUCGCUGGCUAAGAGACAAUCUAGGAAUUAUUAAGACCUCAGAGGAAAUUGAAAAACUUGCUAAAGAAGCAGGUACGUCGUAUGACUGCUACUUUGUCCCUGCAUUUUCAGGGCUGUAUGCACCUUAUUGGAAACCCAGUGCAAGAGGGAUAAUCUGUGGACUCACUCAGUUCACCAACAAAUGCCAUAUCAGUUUUGCUGCACUAGAAGCUGUUUGUUUCCAAACCCGAGAAAUUUUGGAUGCCAUGAAUCAUGACUGUGGAAUUCCCCUCAGUCAUUUGCAGGUUGAUGGAGGAAUGACCAACAAUAAAAUUCUUAUGCAGUUACAAGCAGACAUUCUGUGUAUUCCGGUAAUAAAGCCCACCAUGCCUGAAACAACUGCCCUGGGGGCUGCCAUGGCAGCAGGAGCUGCAGAAGGAGUUGGGGUUUGGAGUCUCAAACCAGAGGAUCUGUCAUCUGUCACAAUGGAGCGGUUUGAACCUCAGAUCAAUAUUGAAGAAAGUGAAAUUCGCUAUGCUACAUGGAAGAAAGCUGUGAUGAAGUCAAUGGACUGGGUUACAAUGGAGUCUCCAGAAAGUGGUGACCCUUGCAUCUUCUGUAGUCUGAGUUUGGGCUUUUUUGUAGUAACUAGCAUGAAAUUUAAGCAGGUGCUUUCAUGGCGUGCUCAUUCUUCAGAAAUUGUCCAAGUGACCUAUGUGGAAGAGAAGCAGAUGGUGCUUACUGCCUCUGUCGAUGGCUCAGUCAGGAUGUGGCAUGCCUUCAAUGGUCAUUACUGUGGAUAUUUUGGACAGCAGAGAGUCUUUGAUUUAUCACAAACAAAAGAUUUCAUUUUGCCAUGUGAUGUUACUGAACUUCCUAUAGAAAUAAAAGAAGAAAGCAAGUUCACAGAGAAGAAACAAAAAUAUGAAUAUCCUCUGAUAUUUGACCGGCAAAAAUGGAGAAAAAUGAGCUCAACAACUUUACUUUCCAAACGUGCACCACGCAAAGCCUUUGAAGUGCAACACGAUUUUAAGUUUUUCAAGUCUCUUUCUUCUCCCAAGGUUCGCAGAAAUGCCUUGGAAGCUUUCAUGACUGAAAACAGAGAGGCUGGAAUUGUUUUUGGUUCUCUGCCUAUCUACAGGGUACCAAGCCCCACUACUCUAAGAUUCCUUCCACUCAUUGGUGCAGAAGCACAAAGGGAAUCUGUGGACAGCAUGGCAGCAAAGAAGAAGGGCAGUCAUGGUCAACAUGAAAAACUAUCACGGAGAAAAAGUCUGAAAAGGAAUUUAGUUCCACAAAUAAAUCUGGCUUCAUCUUUCUUCCCGGCUUUGACCAAGGAAAGAGGAAAUUCAGAAUAG